GGGAGAUCUUCUUCGGUUGGGGCCAGAGAGAGAGCAGAGAGAGAGGGGUGCGUUCAAAACGAUGAUUUCGGGAGUGCCAUGAGGGAGUUGACAGAGGCAGGACGAUGGCGUGUUUGUUUUCCGUGGGGCAUUCGAUCUCGACUCUCGCGUCGCAUGUAAGAUUCUCGUGCCAGGGUGGGGUGAGAUUGAGCGGCGGGGUGCAGAAGUGUGGGGUGUCUGUGCGCCGGAAGGUCAAGGCGAUUAGUAUGGCCCUGAACGAUGUGAGAAUCAGCGAAAGCAGUCAGUCGUCGGAGUGUGGAGUGGUCCUGCCUGCGGAGAAUAAGUUUGUGCAGGACGCAGUGGAUGGUCUGAGAAGGGCGCAGGUGAUUGCGGUGCCCACCGACACUUUGUACGGAUUCGCAUGUGAUGCUUGCUGCGAGGAUGCAAUCAAGAAUGUUUACAGCAUCAAGGGACGCAGUGCAACCAGACCUUUGGCCAUUUGCGUAGCAGACGUCGAGAACAUUGAACAUUAUGGCACGGUCGAGCACCUGCCGGACGGCUUGCUCCGAGCUCUACUUCCUGGUCCUGUAACGCUGAUUCUGCCUCGUGGCGAGCGCAGCAAGCUGCACCGAUCCUUGAAUCCUGGUCUGACGAGCAUAGCAGUCAGGAUUCCGGACAGUCCAUUUAUUCGCAGCCUGUGCCGUGAAUUCGGAGGAGCUCUGGCUCUCACGAGCGCCAACUCGAGCAGUGAGCGAAGCACCGUUGCUGUGGACGAGUUCAGCCACCUUUGGUCCCAUUGCUUCGCCAUAUUCGACGCUGGUACUCUUCCUGCCGGCAGGGCGGGCUCGACUAUCGUCGAUCUUACAGCGGGAGGUGAAUUCAAGGUCGUCAGGGCCGGAAGCGCAUUGGUAGAAACUGUACAAAUACUCUCGAAGUUUAAUCUUUCGGAACGAGCUGAACGGAAGCCGGAAGAACCCUGACUGAGCACGGGAGCUGCGUGAGAUUUUAGAGGUAGAGAAGAGUGUGAGUGCAGGCUAUUUCAUGUUCGCCAUGUAUUCUAUUGCUUCGAGGAAAUUCACCAUUUUCGCUGAAGAAUGACGCUAGGAGCAAUUUCUCGUGCGUCUGUUCAUUUUCAUGGUCUGUGUAAUGAAAAUGCCGAGUUUCUCUGGCACUUUUCCACUGGCAC